AUGAAUCUCAAUCUACCUAUCCGGACUGCGAGUCGAAGAAACGAUGAAAGUCGGAAUCACUAUACCUCUGGCAGCUAUACUCCCACUUCUUCAACCGAAGCAAUCGCCCGGCCAAUACGAGAGCCAGCACCCGUGAAUGAAAGACUAAUCGUUGGACUGGAUUUCGGAACAACAUAUUCUGGUGUUGCUGUUGUAUACACAUCGAAUCCUGAUGAUGUAGAUAUCAUCAAAAGUUGGCCUGGAAGUAACGGAAUCACAUCCGACAAAGUGCCAACGGAAAUAGGAUACUCCAGACCACCAGGGUCACCAGCAGGUACAGAACCCACCAUAAAAUGGGGUUGUCAGUUCCGACCUGAAGAGCCUCGACUACGAUGUAUCAAAUUGUUUCUCGAUCGGUCUCAAAAAUUACCUUUUUACGUUAGUCCAGCCGAGACAGCGAAUCAGCUGAAGGAGCACAGUAAAAAUGUUGUCGAUGCUGUCAGUGACUAUUUGACCCAAAUCUAUAAACAUACAAUUGAAACCUUAACUCGUCGAUAUGGAGAGUUAUUUAUGUCCACUACGAAACUGGAAUUUGUCCUUACUUGCCCUGCAGUCUGGUCUGAUGCUGCGAAGAAUACCACGCUUCAGGCAGCAGAGAGAGCGGGAAUGGGUGAUAAGUCAGCCAUCCAGAUGAUUAGUGAGCCAGAAGCCGCUGCUGUCUACACUUUGAAAGCCAUCCAGCCGAAUCAUCUACAAGCUGGUGAUAACUUCGUGGUAUGUGAUGCUGGAGGAGGUACAGUCGAUCUCAUCGCCUAUAAAAUUAUAUCUCUUAAGCCAUUGCAAGUAAAAGAGUCUGCGGUAGGCACAGGAGGACUUUGUGGGAGCGCAUUUCUUAAUUAUCGAUUUGAGGAACAUUGUAAGAGUCGGAUAGGAGUCGCACGAUUCGAAGAGAUGAAGAUGAAGAAAGCUAAAACCUGGCAAAUGGGGUUGAAGUACUGGGAAGAAUACGUGAAACGAGAUUUCGACGAAGAAAACAACACAGAGUUCAAUAUUCCUCUUCCAGGUCUAGCAGAUGAUAUAGAUGCCGGACUGGAUGGUGGCUUUUUUAUUAUGACGACUGCUCAGGUGAAAGAAAUUUUCGAGCCAGUCGUAAAAGAGGUGUGUGAUUUGGUACAAGGCCAAGUUGAUGGUAUCAGACAAAAAGGAGGAAUCGUCUCUGGUAUCGUACUCGUAGGGGGAUUCGGACAAAGCAACCAUCUAUACAAAAGAUUAAAGUCACAUUUCAACAGCGCAGCACCUCCACCAUACAGUGAACGACCAACUCACGCGCAAUCUGUAGCCUUAGCAGAGAGUAAUUCUGUGGAGGUUAUGCAGCCGAUAAAUGCAUGGACGGCUGUGGUUCGAGGGGCGGUUCUCAAAGGUUUGGAGGGAAGUGUGGUGGUGUCUAGGAAGGCGAGAAUGCAUUAUGGGACUUCAUAUGCGACGGUUUAUGAUGAGGAUAAACAUAAUGUCAGUGAGAGGUAUUGGAGUCCAUUAUGGGAACGUUGGAUGGUUAGUGAUAGGAUGCAAUGGCAUCUCAAUAAGGGCGAUACCCUCAGUACCGAUACUCCCAUCUCUUUUCACUAUACGCGUAAUUUCCGCCCAGGCCAAUCACUAAUCGUAUCCGACGAUCUCAUCGCGUGCGACUCUGACGUGGAACCUCCAGCAUCCUAUACGAGGGACCUAAUAAGUGUGUGCAAGCUAACUACGGAUCUUGGCGCUGUACCGAAGAGUUUGUAUACGAGAUUGACAACUACGAGGGGAGUAGAGUUUCUGAAUCUGGAUUUUACGCUGGAGAUGGUGGUCGAGAGUGCGGGGUUGGCGUUCGAGUUGAAGGUCGAUGGGUUUAGAUUUCUAUACAUCAAGAACAUGAAGAUGCCGAUAUUAGAUAUUGGCCAUGAUGUCCUCCGAGGACGCCUGCAAAGGCAUUCUGGAAAGUCUUCUCGUGAUGGUGGUGCCUUGACCAAUCGACAAAAGGAGCAUUUUGCAAAAGUGAAAGCUAGCCUACGAAGCGGUGGUCAAAAGAAUAGCGCUGCAAGAUGGUCAAUUUUUGAUAAAAUUUCAGUCGAUCAAUCACAAAGACAGUCCUUGAGUCAUGCAAAUUCAGGAAGGUAUUACGAGCAUACUUCGAGGCGGGAAAGGGAGAGAGGUGAAGUUGGGCGAGAACACCGGGAUGAUACGGAAGAGUACGACGAUGAGCCUCCUGCAUCUAACUCGCUCCGCAGAGAGUCCCAAGCUAUACAUGCGAACAAUCGUUCUCCGUCAAUUGAAAUCGUUCAAAGAAAUUCCGUCCCGGACGAUGAUUUAUAUAAUGCGACCCCUCCGCCAUUGAGAAUCAAGCGCGAACGUGCCGCAUCACUAGAACUUAGGGGUAUUCCGCGAAACUACGAGUCGCGAGAACCGAAGGAAGAGUCUAUGGAAGAAAAGAGACGGAAGCUAUUGAAUCAAGGGGACUGGGUUGGCUUGAGGAUUCGUCGUUUGCCGCAGUUGAAUUUUCAUCCUCCAAAACAUGAUGAAGAUAUUGGGCGCAGGAGAAAUGUAAAAGAUGGACACAGGGCAAGGUAUUCCAAACUCCAGACAAGAAUCAGCUCGCCAUUCGCCACACGGAAAGCCCAAAUACGUGAACAAGGAGAGGGUUAUCUGCGAGAGCGAAUUCCAAAAAGCGAUGUUAGGAUUUCGAUUGGUGGUAGGGUUGUUCCACCGGGUAUAAGUUCGAGUUCGCGACCGAGUAAAUUCAUCCGUCAAUCUACACCACGCAAAAUGCACCGAAUAUUGUCAUCGGAUGAGAUGCUGCUCGAUGAUGAGUAUAACAUGGAGGACCGGGUUGAUUUGAAUAGUGAUAGAUUUCUUUCCGCCUUCGAAGCAAGAACACGUGGCAAUAGACGGAAUCAAGAUUCCGCGAUGAGCAUUCCAUCGAGCCGUGACCAGGUUGCCCGCCGUACACAUAGACACCAAGAGAGGCCGGAGGGUCUCGAACGUGCAGCUCUUAGCAAAGCUAACAGAAACGUAAAUCCAGAUGAGCUUGGCGGUAAAACUUCACAGUUUCCUCGCACAGCCGUCAAGUCGGUUUGCGAUGCCAGGAUGAAACAGCCGAUACCCAUGCGUCCUAAAAAGCACCCAGUCCUCCACUUAAGUUCGCCCAAGUGCAACAGCAGUGUGCUUGUACAAGUUGGAGGAUUCAAACGUGUCGUUCCCGAAGAUCAAGUCAUGGAUGAUGAUAUAUGGAAGACAUGGAUGGCACCGUCUACAGGUACAGAAUAUGGCAACCUUGAUUAUCAAAGCGAAGGAAGUUCCAAGGGUCGAAUAGCAUCAAUAAGUCCAGGAAUAAGUGCCACUUUAAUAUUCCGUGAGGGCGCUUCCAAUGGGUUAAAAUCUGAUAAUGAAAGUUCUGGCGGGCAAUAUGACUAUUCCGAGUCGUGGAAAGGCUGCGAGAGCUCGAUGAUACUGGAACCUACAGAACCAUCUGAAGGGAAGAUACCGCGGUCCGAUAACGUCAAUCAUAUCUCACACAAUGAAGUGCCACAUAGCUCGGACUUCUAUGACCAGCCUCUCUCGUCUGAUAAUCACGAGCUUAUAGAUGAUAUGGGAGUGCGAGUAGCAUCCGAUCAAUACGAGAACGAAGACGAAUCCUCGAUAGAACCGCACUGCAGUCAAUCCUCACAGAGAACAUCUUCAAGCAUUCCCUGGAACCCUCCUCGGAGCCCGAGUCCUGAUACGACCGCGUUUUGUCAGCGCAAGUUAUUCGAGAGUCCGCAGUCCAAGACUUCUCCUCUCCAACAAGAGCCUGCCGUUGCCAGACAAAUUGCGGAGCCAGAGGAGACAACACUACAGCACCAGGUUAUGUUGUCGAAAUUGGACCAAAAUACCGACAUGAUAAAGGAUUGCCCUGCAAGAAUUGUUGAGAAGGAAACAGACCAAAACGAACUCUGGAUGAAAUUUGUUUUUGACGAUGAUAGUGAAGAAGAGGGUGUAUUAUCCAGAAAGACUAGACCCACUAGGACUGGACCGGCAAUCAUUCAGGGUAAGUCUCCCAGAGGCAAUACCAAUAUGACGCCUAGUCGUUUACCCGCAAUACACGAGAGGAGGAAGGAGGAACUAUCACCAACAUUCUCAACAUUUGUACACAAUUCAGUCGACUCUGAGAGCCCAUUACGACCUAGAUUCGUUGCUUCUGCCCGCAGUCGCGAUAUUUGGCAAAAUCCCCAGCUAGGAGAAAAUAGAGCUCCGGAGGACGAAAUCAACCAAUUCACUGGGUUCUCAACAUAUGCUCAACAAUCCAAUGACAACGACAGUCUUUUGGAGUUAUCUGCUCGGAAUAGGGGUACUCAAUACAAAGAAAGACAACGCGAAGUCAAUCGAAAUGCUGGCGCCAAAAGCCCUUAUCCGACCAAAUUCAACAUGUCAAAUUCCAGUAGCUCCUCAACUUCGGAACCAGAAUCGGUUUCCAUGGUCGUUGUCCCAGGUUCCCAAGUCGAUGUAUCAGAGCCAGCUCAGAGUAAGUCAUUUUUAGGAAUACAACGCAAAGUCGUCUUCACAAAGCCUCAACCGUUUGUAGGAUUGAGAGCAAAUGUGCAGUCAUCAUCUCCUGAUAGGACUAUGUAUAUCGGUGGAGGAGGGACAAAGCAACAGAUUCGCGGUGAUUAUGGUAUUGGUCUUGCAGAAGAAAUAGAGGAUGAGUAA